GAUGAUUUAAUUUCAUAUGCAGUACUGGUGAUGAUGAGAUGUUUGCUUGUUGUCAAUUUUGUUCGCCUCAAAUUUCAUAUGCUAUUAUUGCUGAAUCGUCACUACCCGUAGGUUGUUUCUCCCGUUCAUAUGGAGUAACUGAAAUAUGAGGCCGAGAUCUUUAGAUUAGAUCACCAGAUAGACUGAUGGCUCUAUCACUGGCACACAAUCGAUGCACUACAUCUUUUUUUUAUUAGAAAUGAAAGGCAGGGAAUUUGUGGUGAGCAAUGGGGGUGAAGGAUGUGAGAAAGGUAGAGUCUUACAUUAAUUCAUAACAUGUCCCUGUUCCCAGCAAAUUUUGCCGUGUUGUACUGGCAUGGCAUGACAGCGUACCAAAUGACUUUCCUCAGAUAAUCCAUUCACUGCGACUUGGUAGUUGAGUGUUGCGUUGUCUUCCGAUAGUCUCAGUCAAGAGUCAACCUUUUUACCUGGUUAAACUGGAAUCUUAUUCUUUAAUGCUAAUACGCAGUGUGUUCCCUCUUUUAGUUGUCCAAAGUGGGAAACGCAAACUGGUAGAUAGAAGUAUCUCUUAGUUCCAUCUUCAAGGCCUUACCAGUUGCAUGCAUGAGUAUGAUGCUCAGGCAGAAAACUCUGUUUAGAGACAAGGUUUAUGUUGCUCUCCCUGAGCAACCCACCGAUGGCAAGUCCAUACUGUCUUGGGUUAUCGAUCAUGCAUCCAGUAGCACGGAGAUCAUCAUCAUCCACAUAAUUACUACAUCGAACUUUGCAAAGUUCUAUUGUCUUAGUUGAUUCCUUUUUUGCUGAAGAAAGCCGGAUGCAAAAUGUGGACAACUAUCUGGACCAGUGCUCAAGAAAAAAGGUUAAAGCUGAGAAAGAAGUGUUCUUUUUUACCAAAAUUGACGAAGGACUUCUUCAUCUGAUAGAAAUAUAUGGGGUCACUAAACUUGUUAUGGGUGCUGCAUCAGACAGACACUACAAAAGAAAAAUGAAAGCACCACAAUCACAAACAGCAAUAAGUGUGAUGCAAAGAGCACAUUCAUACUGCAAUAUAUGGUUUAUUUGCAACGGGAAGCUAACAUGUGUCAGGGAGGCCAGUUGUUGCCCUGUAAAAAGGUCAAAAUCAGCACGCCUACCUUCUUCUGUAGACAGUUGCAAGGUGGAUCUUCAAAGUUUGCUUGAGCCUAAUAUAGAGGCUAAAAGAUUGGGAUGCAUGUAUAUUAAUGAAAUGGAACUAAGGAAAGAGACAGAGGCAAAACUCUCACAAGAAAAGGAAGAGUCAGAAUCUCUCAAACAUGCCACUAUGGUGCUCCAAAAUGACCUGGACUGGCUCAAAUAUCAGUUGAAUGAGAAAGCCAAUAGAUUACAAGAUCUAAACCAACAGAAGCACCUCCUUGAACACCGCAUCUCAGAGUCAGACUCAGUUGCCACUUAUCUAGAAGAGAGCAUGAAGGUUACGGAAUCUCGUGUCCAGUCACUGAAGUUAGAGUACAGUAAAAUGAAGCGAGAGCGAGAUGAUGCAGUUAAAGAGGCAAGGAGCAUGCGUAUAGAGAAGGAGCUGACGAAUUCUUGUGCCUAUGGAGCAAUAAGCUCUGAGUUCUCCUUGAUGGAGUUGGAGCAGGCAACUCAGAAUUUCAGCAAUGCACUUAACAUCGGUCAAGGUGGAUUUGGAUCUGUAUACAAAGGUUCUCUGCGCAAUACGACAGUAGCUAUAAAGAUGCUUAGUACUGACAGCUUGCAUGGCCAAUCUCAGUUCCAUCAAGAGGUUGCUAUACUCAGUAGAGUAAGGCAUCCAAACUUAGUCACCCUUAUUGGAGCCUGCACUGAAGCUUCAGCGCUUGUUUAUGAGCUCUUACCAAAUGGAAGCCUGGAGGACCGACUCAACUGUGUUGACAACACCCCGCCACUCACUUGGCAAGUGCGCAUCCAGAUCAUCACGGAGAUUUGCUCUGCACUUAUCUUCCUUCACAAGCACCGGCCUCACCCAGUGGUGCAUGGGGACCUCAAGCCAGGCAACAUCCUUCUUGAUGCGAAUUUGCAGAGCAAACUCAGUGAUUUUGGGAUUUCACGCCUCCUUCUGGAGUCCAGUGUCACUGGAAGCGACGCACACUACACCUCCAGGCCUAUGGGAACACCGGCAUACAUGGACCCAGAGUUCUUCGCCACAGGGGAGCUGACGCCACAGUCUGAUACUUACUCUUUUGGUGUUACCAUCAUGCGUCUCUUGACCGGACGGGCACCUCUACGCCUGAUUAGGACAGUGCGGGAGGCGCUGAACGACUAUGACCUGCAGUCAGUGUUGGACCAUUCUGCAGGUGACUGGCCAUUGGUGCAUGUGGAGCAGCUCGCACACAUUGCGCUGCAGUGCACAGAGCUCAGCAAGCAGAGGCGCCCUGAUCUUGAGCAUGAUGUGUGGGAGGUGAUUGAACCUAUGAAGAAGGAAGCUCAUUCGCCAUUGUCCCAGUCUUUUCGAUCUAUCUGUAGUGCCAUUGAAACUGCCACCCCGUCCUACUUCCUUUGCCCAAUCUCUCAGGUGACCAUGAGAGAUCCUCAGAUGGCAGCGGAUGGCUUCACCUAUGAAGCUGAUGCUAUAAGAGAUUGGCUGGAUAAGGGACAUGACAGGUCUCCAGUGACUAACCAAACACUUGCUAACUGUGACACUAUCCCCAAUAUCGCACUGCGUUCGGCCAUUCAAGAAUAUCUCAAGCAGAACAACAUGAACAAGUCAUUUGCACUAUAUGAACAGCAGCAUUAGUGGCCUGUAUUGAGUUUCAUCUGUGCUUCGACUGUAAUAGAUCGUUUCUGUGCCAGUAAGAAACUAAGGAGGUAGUGUUAGAAUAGUGUUUUUCUUUUUUCAGUUGAGCUGUAAACCUAAGUUAAAACUUAGGAACCAAUUCUUUUCAUUUUACCUGAGUUUUUGAAAAUUAAGGGUUGGGUCUUCUUUGAACUAAUUCAUGUGGAAAUCCUACAAAACUGUGUGUUAAAUUCCAGCAUUCUAAAUGAGAUCUUAAUGGAUAUACUGAGUUCAUGUUCA